AUGGCCGAGACUGAGGAACGGAGCCUGGACAACUUCUUCGCUAAGAGGGACAAGAAGAAAGAUGAAGAUGAGUGGAAAGAAUUUGAGCAAAAAGAGGUUGAUUACAGCGGCCUUCGCGUACAGGCAAUGCAAAUAAGUAGUGAAAAGGAAGAAGAAGAUAAUGAAAAGAGAGAAGAUCCAGGUGAUAACUGGGAAGAAGGUGGAGGAGGUGGUGGUGGUGGUACAGAAAAAUCAUCAGGUCCCUGGAAUAAAACAGCUCCAGUACAAGCAUCUCCUGCUCCAGUAGUUGUUACAGAAACUCCAGAACCGGCGAUGACUAGUGGUGUGUAUAGGCCUCCUGGGGCCAGGUUAACCACAACAAAGAAAACACCACAAGGACCACCAGAAAUAUACAGUGAUACACAGUUCCCUUCCCUGCAGUCCACUGCCAAGCAUGUAGAAAGCCGGAAGGAUAAAGAAAUGGAGAAGAGCUUUGAAGUAGUAAGACACAAAAAUAGAGGUAGGGAUGAGGUUUCAAAAAACCAGGCCCUUAAACUUCAGCUAGACAACCAGUAUGCUGUGCUUGAAAAUCAGAAAAGCAGCCACACACAGUACAAUUAA